AACUAUUUUUGCCACAGAUGCAGCCUGUUAACCUGAAUGUCUGUAUCAGAGGUUUCAUCUUCUAGAGGUGCAGGUGAUCCCUUGUAUAGCAAAGCUGUCUAUAGCUCGCUGGCCACCUCAACAGUUGUCCCCCAUACCAACCCCUCCCCGCCCUAAAUCUUUCUCAGCCCCGCUCCUGAUGCGCUGCUGAAGGGGGAUUAUCAGGUCACGCUUGGCAUGCCAGGAGUCCGCCUCUUCCCCUGCUCUCCCGGCCGUGGAGCUGGCAGAACCAACGGGCACUCUAUCCUCUCCAACCGAAUCCUUUUACGGCUCCAGCCCUUCUUUCACCUGGUGCCCGGCCAGACUGGCCAUGUAUGGGCACCCUUCGGCCAGUCUGGAAGCCCAAGGGGGGCAAGGUCGUUGCCCAGAAGCCUAAUAUGGGGAGAGAUCAUGGAGGGGAAGGGUUGGCUGAGAGGGAUACAUGUGUUAUAUAUAAAUAAGCUCCAGACGGGACAGCAGCCUGAGCGAGCUGGAGAGCUAGCCACAGCAUCCCUGCACUGCCUGAGACAGACCGGAGCCUGAGAAAGCUAACAUCAUGUGUGACGAUGAAGAGACCACCGCACUUGUCUGCGACAAUGGCUCCGGGCUUGUAAAAGCUGGAUUCGCUGGAGACGAUGCCCCAAGAGCAGUAUUUCCAUCUAUUGUUGGUCGUCCCCGCCACCAGGGUGUCAUGGUUGGUAUGGGUCAAAAAGAUUCCUAUGUAGGUGAUGAGGCUCAGAGCAAGAGAGGUAUCCUGACUCUGAAGUAUCCAAUUGAGCAUGGUAUCAUCACUAACUGGGAUGACAUGGAAAAGAUCUGGCAUCACACCUUCUACAAUGAGUUGCGUGUAGCCCCAGAGGAGCAUCCCACCCUGCUCACUGAAGCUCCUUUGAACCCAAAAGCCAACCGUGAAAAGAUGACCCAAAUCAUGUUUGAGACCUUCAACGUCCCAGCUAUGUAUGUUGCAAUCCAGGCAGUGCUUUCCCUGUAUGCCUCUGGCCGUACCACUGGUAUUGUGCUAGACUCUGGUGAUGGUGUAACACACAACGUCCCAAUUUAUGAAGGUUAUGCUUUGCCACAUGCAAUUAUGCGUCUUGACCUGGCUGGUCGUGACCUGACUGACUACCUUAUGAAGAUCCUGACAGAGCGUGGCUACUCUUUUGUCACUACUGCUGAACGUGAAAUUGUCCGUGACAUCAAGGAAAAGCUGUGCUAUGUAGCACUUGACUUUGAAAAUGAGAUGGCCACAGCUGCCUCCUCCUCAUCUCUGGAGAAGAGCUAUGAAUUGCCUGAUGGACAAGUCAUCACCAUUGGCAAUGAACGUUUCCGUUGCCCAGAAACUCUUUUCCAGCCAUCCUUUAUUGGUAUGGAGUCUGCUGGUAUUCAUGAGACAACCUACAACAGCAUCAUGAAGUGUGAUAUUGACAUCAGGAAGGACUUGUAUGCCAACAAUGUCAUGUCUGGUGGUACUACCAUGUACCCAGGUAUUGCUGACCGUAUGCAGAAAGAGAUCACUGCUCUGGCUCCCAGCACUAUGAAAAUCAAGAUCAUUGCUCCACCUGAGCGUAAGUACUCUGUUUGGAUCGGUGGCUCCAUCUUGGCUUCUUUGUCUACCUUCCAACAGAUGUGGAUCACAAAACAGGAAUAUGAUGAAGCUGGUCCAUCUAUUGUCCACCGCAAAUGCUUCUAAACUUGUUCACUUGAUCCUGUUAUAAUCUUCUGUCUCAGGUUGACAAUGUUCUUUGCUCUGGACUGCAAAAAAUGUCCCAACAACCAUAUUACUUUACAAAUGACAAGGUCUGUCAUUCGUUCCUCAUCUUAUUGUGACCCAAAAAUAUGUAAAGUGUACAUAAAUUAUAAUUUAUUUUAAGAUGUUUUGUAACUUCAAAAACAUUGAAUUAAUGGAAGCAAAGAGAUAUGUCGAAGAACAAUAAAUGAGUCAUGC